UAUGUGAAGGAUUUAUUCCUUCUGCAAAUAGAAAUAAACCUUCAGCCAUUUGACGGCUACUUUAAAAGACAUGCUUGUACAGCUUAUCGACAUUUUGCAGGAAAUGUAGUAAUUUUUAGCUGCUAUAAUGCAAAUCGUGCGCCUGUCAAUUCCUUUACGGCAACCUUUCAAGCCAUUCCAUGGAUGGAUUGCCACCAUUACAACGGCUAUACUCCCAUUCAGUUCCAAUGAUAUGCCAUAUAUAACUGCACAAAAUUCAAUUCGUAGAAAUUUUGAAACCUAUAUUUCUUGCCUGCAAUUAUGUGCCAACAUCAAACAAUUGAACCAAACUCAUGCCCAGCUCAUUAUAAAUGGAUACAAAGACAAUACAUUUUCAAACGCCAAACUGUUGAACAUGUACAUGCUACACGGCAGUCUAGAAAUUGUUCGCCUGGUUUUUGACAAAAUAGAGAACCCAGAUACAUCCAUAUGGAAUAUAAUGCUCAGGGCAUAUGCCAACAAUGGUUAUUACAAGGAAGUUCUUAAUCAUUAUUACUUGAUGAGAGACAGAGGUUUGCAGCCGAACAAAUUCACAUUCCCCUGUGUUCUCAAAGCAUGCGCCGCUUUGUCAGCUCUGCAACAAGGCAGAGAAAUUCAGGAUGAUGUUGUGAGAAGUGGGUUUGAAUCCGAUGUUUUUGUUUGCAGUGCUCUUGUGACUAUGUAUGGAAAAUGUGGUUGUUUGCAUGAUGCACGCGAUGUAUUUGACAAAAUGUCUGAAAGACAUGUUGUCGCUUGGAAUGCCAUGAUUGCAGGAUAUGUUCAAAAUGAACAAUGCUGCGAAGCCUUAGAGAUUUUUAGUGAGAUGCAGUUGGCAGGUGGAUUGGCUGAUCCUUUUACAGCGGCUAUCAUUCUCUCAGCAGUUGCUCAGAUGGAAGUUCUGGAACGAACCAAGGAAACCCAUGCUUUUGUAGUUAGAAGAGGAUUUGAAUCGGAUGUAUUUGUAGGGACUGCUCUGGUAGAUGCAUAUGGAAAAUGUGGGAAUGUUGAGAUUGCACGCCAGGUGUUUGACAACAUGCCUCAGCGAAAUCUCAUAUCGUGGAAUGCUAUGAUUGCAGGGUAUGGCCGGAAUGGAAAUCUUUGCGAAGUCUUAGAGCUCUUUAGAAAAUUGGAGGGUUGCAGAAUGAAUCCUAAUUUGGCUACCAUUUCAACCGUACUCUUGGCUUCUUCCCAUGUAGCUGCUCUCAAAUCAGGCAGAGAAAUACAUUCUUAUAUAAGAAAGAGAGGAUUUGAAUCAGAUGUUUCUGUGGGAAGUGCCCUUGUAAGUAUGUAUUCAAAAUGUAGUUGUGUGGAAGAUGCAUACAAAGUGUUUGACAACAUGUCUCUAGGAGAAGUCGCUUUAUGGAAUUCAAUGAUUACAGGAUAUGUCCAGAAUGGAUACUUUGAUGAGGCCUUGAAUCUGUCUACUAAGAUGAAAAAUCUAUGCUUGAAAUUUGAUUCUAUUACUAUAUCUAGUGUUCUGUCUGCAUGUGCCCACUUAGGAGCCUUGUUUCAGGGGAAAGAAAUCCAUAACUACAUAAGAAGAAAUGGGUUUGAAGCCAAUGUUCAUGUUGGGAGUGCCCUUGUAACCAUGUACGCUAAAUGUGACUGUAUAGAGGAGGCACACUACGUGUUUAAUAGCAUUGAUAAAAAAGAUGUAGUCUUGUGGAGUGGCAUUAUUUCGGGGUUUGCACAGUGCAAGCAUCCCAAGAAGGCUUUGAAAUGCUUUCAGGAAAUGGUAUUUACAGGACAAAAACCUGAUUCAGAUACCAUUGCAAGUGUUCUUUCAGCUUGUGCUCAGUCAACAGCUCUGAAACAAGGAAAAGAGAUUCACAACUAUAUUAUCAGAAAUCAAAUUACAUUAGAUGUUUUCGUCGGUAGCGCUCUAGUUGACAUGUAUGCAAAAUGCGGGAUCGUAGAAUUAGCACAGAGGGUGUUCAGCAGCAUGCCUUACAGAAAUGUGGUCUCCUGGAAUGCAAUGAUUGCAGGAUAUUCCCAAAAUGGACAUAUGGAGGAAGCUUGGCAAUGCUUUUGUGAACUGCAACUGACAGAAGGGAAAUGUGACUCGGUAACAAUGGUGGAAAUUCUUCCAGUAUGUACUUUCUUAGCCGCAUUACAGCAGGGUAAAGAGAUUCACGCUUACACAUAUCGAAGGGGAUUCCUUUCAGAUGUUUUUGUCGGUCACGCUCUCAUAGAUAUGUAUGCCAAAUGUGGUAGCAUUAACUAUGCACGCCAGGUGUUUGACAGAAUGCCUCUAACUGAUACAGUUGUAUGGAAUAUCAUGAUAGCAGCAUAUGGAAUGCAUGGGUACGCUCAGGAAGCUCUAACACUCUUUCACCAAAUGCAGCACAGCGGUAUUUUGCCAGAUCAAAUCACAUUCAUCACUAUUCUGUCUUCAUGCAGCCAUGCAGGCCUAGUAGACAAAGGUUAUGAGUAUUUUAAUUGCAUGACUAAAGAUUACCAUCUCCUGCCCAGGAUGGAGCAUUUUGUAUGUAUGGUUGACCUUCUAGGACGUGCAGGAUUCUUGGAUGAUGCAUAUGGCUUUAUACAAAAUAUGGCAUUCAAAGCUGAUGCUGGGGUGUGGGGAGCAUUACUUGGUGCUUGCAGAAUUCAUUGCAACGUAGAGCUGGGAGAAUUAGCAGCAAAACAGCUGUUUGAGUUAGAUCCUGAGCAUACCGGAUAUUAUGUACUUCUAUCUAACAUAUAUUCCCGGGCUGGUAGGUGGGAUGAUGCAGCAAGAUUGAGAAUAAUGAUGAAAGACAAGGGAUUGAAAAAGAGUCCAGGGUGGAGUUGGAUUAAAGCCAAGAAUAAGGUCCAUCUAUUUAUCAUAGGAGACAGAUCACAUCCGGAAUCAGAGAAAAUCUAUGCGAAACUGAAAAGCUUGCAUGAUCAGAUGCGGGAUGCAGGGUAUGUGCCAGACACAAGUUUUGUUUUGCAUAAUGUUGAGGAAUAAAAUCGAAUUGUGCACACUUUCACAAACAAUGGUAAAAAAGCAGGCGAUUGGCUGGUCUUAGUAAUUGAUUCUCAGGUAGACCUAUUGUGAUCACUACACUAAAAUGCAGAGUGUAGUAAGCGAUGUGAACAGAAUCAAUCAUUAUCUAAUAUCAUUUUGGGGAAAUCGGCUGUGCUAAUAUCGAAUCAAUUUCAGUGAGCCAUAUUUCCUGAGGAACAACCUAUCAACGUACACGAAUCUAUCUUUCAUGAGGAUGAAUCAUCCAUUUAUCAUUUAUACAUCUAGGUGGUGUUCAUAAAUGUGAACCACAGAGACUUUGAGGGAGUCACUUAUCCUGGUUCUAAUUGGGCUUAAGCACGCUUAGACAAUAAUGUUACAUAUCAUGCACUUUAGAACACUAAGAAUCAGUCGAUUUAAGAUGGGAUGCUUUCUCGUCAGAAUUAUUGUGGGUGCCAACUUAAACAAAAUAAUGGAUAUUCGAUUUACACAGUAACUAUCACAUAUGAAGUGCUGUGCAUAUUCUUGAGCAGACAGUUUGGAUAUUUUAGCAAACUUGACAACAAUGAUGAGAGGCAGAUUCAAUUUGUCAAUAUGAAACCGAAUUAAACACAAGAAUAUGAAUUCAUGUUCUUUGUAGAAGCAUGUGUGCAGAUCAGAAAAACUGUGUAAUAUAGGAGAGAAUGAAUAUCAGAUGGGGGGAGGAUAUAACUGUCUUGCACCUAAUGUGGAAGAGGAAAGAGAUAAAUUUCUAAAUGUAUUAUCUGCAAGCAAGCAGAGUUAGAAAUUAUUGUACGACUUAGCAAUGCGAGACCAAGUUAGUCUGUAAUAUAGUGGACUACAAAAGCUUGCGAAAAAGGUAACAUAUUUGAUGGUGGACUGCGUUCUUGUGGGAGUUAUUGUGGAUUAUAUCUGUGGGUAGCAUUUUUUAAAUUUACCUCCUAACAAUUACAUAUCAAAUUUCCAAAGCAGGUCUUUUUAGUAAUGUGAGGAUGAAGCAUGUCUGGUCUGCAUUUUUAUUGGAUCAAACUUUUUGGGGUUUUAUUAU